AUGGAGGAUGGGAGGGAGGAUUACAGAAGUAAGUGAAUAGCAGUGGAGGAAAAUCGAGCAUGAAAGUGUAAUGUGAUUAUAGCCACUUGAUUGCCCAGACCUGUUAGUGUUUGUUAUUACUGUUCUUUUUAGUUACAGAUAGCACUUCUAUCUAUAUGGCCCAUAUUUGACUUAGCAGUCCUAGCGCUCAUUGCCGUUGUGAAAGCCGCUUUUGCCGUCUGCCCCUUUAUUUACCAUCUGCUUCCAUGUCUGGAUGUUGUUUCUUCUCCCAAACCUCCAUUAUUUUCAUUAAACAAAAUUUGUUUAGGCAGAAAACACUAAGCGUCCCUCUAUUUUUCAGCAUAUUUUAACGCUUGAAUUGAAUCCCCCUCUGUCUGUGAUCACACUAUGAAAGCCCAAUAAUGGCUCAUUCAAAAGCUCUCCAUGUGUGUAUCUCCCAAUCAGUCUACUACUCCAGUAUUUAUAUUCAUCUCACUAGCCUGGUCCCAGAAUUGUUUGUGGCAUGAUAAUGACCAUAGGAGUUGACAAUUACCAUAGAAGUUGUCAUGACCAUAAGAGUUGUCAAUGACCAAAGGAGUUGGCAAGACACCACAAACAGAUCUAGGACCAGUCUAUAAUCUCCCUGCUUCUCUUCUCUCCCCACCCUAGAUGCAGUGGAUGGCGUGACUAUGUUUGUGCCGUCAGUGGCUCUGGAGGGGGGCAAUGUGUCUGUGCGCUGUACCUGGACCAAGGGGACAGAGACCAGUGUGCUGUGGGGUAAAGGGGGCUCUGCUCUCACCUCGAACUCCAGGGUAACUAUCAAAGGGGGCGACCUGGUGAUCAACCCGGCCUCGAGGGAAGACGCCGGGGUCUACACCUGCACCGUCGCUAACCUCGUCAGCGCUCAGACCGCCUCGAAGACCCUCACAGUUUACUGUGAGUCAUUGCAUGCCCAGCUGCUAAUGCUAAUGCUAAUAACAUAAGCUAAUUAGACUCCCACACAGUCUCACCAGUGAGCAGGGCCGGAUUACCGACUUGGCACGCAGGGGUAAUCCAGGGGUAAUUAGAUAGCAUAUGAACACGUGAUAAGCCAUGGCAAAAUGUGUAGAAUUGUAAUUAACUGGAAAUUCGCUUAAAAACUGCAACAUUUUCUCUCAGCCUCAUAAUGGCAAAAUGUGUGGAAUAGCAUGGGAUUAGCUAUAUACUGUAACUUCAAAAUUUUCUCUAAACCUCAUCCCACUACUGGCUUGCCUCUGAAGCUAAGCAGGGUUGGUCCUGGUCAGUCCCUGGAUGGGAGACCAGAUGCUGCUGGAAGUGGUGUUGGAGGCACUCUUUCCUCUGGUCUAAAAAAUAUAUAUACUGAACAAAAAUAUAAUCGCAAAACAAUUUCAACAAUUUUACUGAGUUACACUUCAUAUAAGGAAAUCAGUCAAAUGAAAUAAAUAAAUUAGGCCCAAAUUUAUGGAUUUCACAUGACUGGGCAGGGGCGCAGCCAAUCAGAAUGAGUUUUUCCCCACAAAAUAUCUUUACUACAGACAGAAAUACUCCUCAGUUUCAUCAGCUGUCUGGGUGGCUGGUCUCAGACAAUCCCACAGGUGAAGAAGCUGGAUGUGGAGGUCCUGGGCUGGCGUGGUUACACGUGGUCUGCGGUUGUGAAGCCGGUUGGACGUACUGCCAAAUUCUCUAAAACGACAUUGGAGGCAGCUUAUGAUAGAGAAAUGAACAUUAAAUUCUCUGGCAACAGCUCUGGUGGACAUUCAUCAUGCCAAAACUUGCUCCCUCAAAACCUGAGACAUCUGUGGAAUUUUGUUGUGUGUCAAAACUGCACAUUCUAGAGUGGCCUUUUACUGUGCAAUUUUAUUUAGAGAAAUACGUUUUUUGUGCUUAUGGAAAAAUGCUGCGAUUUUUUUGUUUCAGCUAAUGAAACAUGGGACCAACACUUUACAUGUUGCAUUUUUAUUUUUGUUCCAGUAUAAUAAUACCCCAAUGCCCCAGGGCAGUGAUUGGGGACAUUGCCCUGUGUAGGGUGCCGCCUUUCUUGAUGGGAUGUUAAACGGGUGUCCUGACUCUCUGUGGUCACUAAAGCGCUCUUAUCCAGAGCGACUUACAGUUAGUGAACACAUUUUUAUUUAAUUUUUUAUACUGGCCCCCCGUGGGAAAACGAACCCACAACCCUGGCGUUGCAAACGCCAUGCUCUAUCAACUGAGCUACAUCCCUGCCGGCCAUUCCCUCCCCUACCCUGGACGACGCUGGGCCAAUUGUGCGCCGCCCCAUGGGUCUCCCGGUCGCGGCCGGCUGCGACAGAGCCUGGAUUCGAACCAGGAUCUCUAGUAGCACAGUUUGCACUGCGAUGCAGUGCCUUAGACCACUGCGCCACUCAGGAGUCCCAUGGCACUUAACGUAAGAGUAGGGUUGUUAACCCCCGGUCAACUUACCUGGUAAAAUAGGGGGGGAAAAAACGUGUAGAAUAGCAUGAGGUUAGCUAUAAGACUGCACAAUUUUCACUAUGCCCCAUGGCAAAAUGUGUAGAAUCUCAGGGAAAACUGUGGCCCCAGAUGUGGUGGUCCGGCUCUGACUGUGAGUCACUAUCUAGUGUCCAGGGUUGUGUUAAUUAAGACACAAACACAAAAAAAAGAUGGUGUGUCUUAUUUGAGAAGUCAGGGUAGUCUUCCUUGUUUUAGUCUGUUUUCUUUUGUUUGGUGCCUAAUGCACACGACCCAGCAGCUAAAAUGCUAAUGCUAAUACUAUGAGCUAGUUGUUAUACUAGCUAGCAUUACACCAAGUAAUGUAACUGCCAGUUAGCCACAGAAGCGCAUCACUAUAUAGGCUACAGGGCUAAUUCGCAUUAGCAUACCCAACCCCAGUAACAUUGAUCCCAUGCAUUUUGAGGUGAAACUUUACUGUGACAGUCUGUGAGCCACAGGGUUUGUCUGUGAGUCUGUCUGUUGAUGUUCCUUCCCCCCCUCCGCCUCCAGAUGGUCCCGACACCCCCGUGCUGAGCAAGGCUAAAUAGGGCAGACGCAGUGGUAGGCCAGACAAUCCGACUCAUCUAAGUGUCCGACCCUCUGCUCCCCGCCACCUUCUCCUGGCAAUACAACAAUGAACCCGUGGCGUCUGGCCAACCGGACAGUGGGGUGUUCAGCCUCCAGACCUUCUCCACCAACCAGAGCGGCCAAUACAAGUGCGUGGCUAGCAACGCCAUCACGGGCACGACGUCGGCGCAGGGGACGGACCUGGCAAUCGUGGGUGAGUUAUGCGGGAUGAACACUGGCCUUGGCCACUGCCGUGACUCAUUCUGGUGACAUGUUAGUUUUGGACGGCGCAGCGGCAUCCAUCUUUGAGUGGAGAGAGGGGAACAUUUUGGCACAGCCUAGACAAUCAGCGAAAGAUUGAUCAAUCCAAAUGCUCUCGCAAUGAGAAUCUAACUCAUUUUCUAUGACUUUCAGCUGUCUUCACUGAUCUUCCCUUCAUUUCCACCACUCGUUCUCUCUCACCUCUCUUCCCCUGCCAUCACUUCAUCAUACUCUUUCAGAAAGCUCAUUCUUUCUUUUCCAUUUGUCUGUCUGGGCUUCGUGUCUUAGACUCAUUAUCAUUAUUCAUUAUCCACCUGCUCAUCACUCUUUCUGUCUCCCUCCCCCUCAUCCCUCCCCCUUCCCUCUGUCUCAGGCACAUGCCUCAGUGCAGGGGCAGUGGCGGGCAUUGUGAUUGGCUGUGUGGUCGCUCUGAUCUUAAUCAUCAAAGCCAUCGUACUCCUGGUGUGCCCUAGGAGAGGUGAGUGAGAGUGUGUGUGUGGUCUGUCUGUCUGUCUGUCUGUCUGUCUGUCUGUCUGUCUGUCUGUCUGUCUAGGAAGUCCCCUGUUUAGCCAUGGAAGUAAUGCAAGUAUGUCAUAGUAAUAUCUUAUGAACUCUUUGUAAGCAUUUACAUUGACCUGUGUAUACUAUGCUCAUGUAAACAUAUGUGACCGACCGCCUCUAUUCGGUCUUAUGUAGCAAAGUUUGAAAUUGUGUUUUUUACAUUGGAUAAAAAUAGACUCAGAGCUAGAAAAAUUGUAUAUCGUACACUGCAGUUGAGGAACAAUGGGAAAGUAAUUCUGCUUUGAAAGUUGAUAAACUUGUAACCCCACCCUCUUAAGCCUAAGCCCCACCCAUCUCUUUAAGGAUUCACAUGUGGUAAACACACGCUAUAUCAAAUAAAAUCUAUGUUUAUUUGUCAAAUACACAGGAUACAGACGGUGUAAACGGUACAGUGAAGUGGUUACUUGCAAUAUCAAAAUCAGAAAAUGUCCAGAUAAAAUAUUUUAUAAAUAUUUUAUAAUUAUUAGAUGACGCUUAUCCGACACAGUUGUCUAAAUUGAUGGGUCAUGUGAAGAAAAUGCUAUAACCACCCCUCAGCCACAUCUAGCUAAAUGGAUGGGUCACUAUUGUCUAGACAUGAAAUACAAUAGAUGGCCGUAAUCACCCCCAGACACACCUGGCUAAUUUGAUGGGUCAUGUAAUAAUCGGGCCAAAGUGGAGUCUUUUGUUUAGACAUGUAGCUAGCUAGGUAACUAGCUAGCUAAACAAUGAACCGACAUAAUCCCAUCUCAUACUACUAGCAAUACAAACAUUGUCAUAGCUGUAGUAUGAAUCUGCAGGUAGCUAAAGCUAACAUACUAGGUUCAAUGAUAGCUAGCUAACAUUAGGAUAUAACUAGCAAUGCAAAUAGAUUUCUGAUUUGAAUAAUAUUACUACACAGAUCAUACACGUAAUGUUAGCUAGCAAGCUAACGUUUGCUAACUAACAGUGCGCUUUAACUUGCAAUAAAACCGACUUCCUGACAAAAUUUGAAACUUAUAUCUGAAAAUGUAGCUAGACUCUUACCCGUAUACAUGGAUGAACGCUUCACGGCAGACUGGAACCAUUUAACUCUGUUUUGUUUGUAGAUGCAUCUUGUUUAGCAAGCGUUUUGUCAAGUCACUCUGGUUCACACUGACCGUGGCGUGUGCAGAAGGUAGCCAAUCACUUUUCCCAACUGAUCUGUCGGUAGCGGUGUGGUAGAAAGGACUAUCAACACAUACUGAACAGCUCACGUUAUAGACAGAAGCAUGCUACGUGGCAGACCAAUCCAAACUCACCUCCCGGCAUAGAGCAAGUCAAAGUGUACAAAUAUUUGGGAGUGUGGGUGGAUGACAAGCUGAGCUUCACUGUUCAUGUGGAGAACUUGAUAAGGAAGCUCAUGCUGAAAUAGGAAAUUUUACCCAUUUACUGAAAUUUUCUGAAAUUUUGGUAAUUUAAAAAAAAAAUUAUGGAAACUUUAGUAAUUUGACUUAAAUAACUUGAACAAAUUUUUAUAUUAGUAUUAACUUUUUAUAUCUGUGUAAAAUAUGUCCAUGAGUUUUUAGGGGAUAGCCAAGGGUUUAAAGAGAAAUUAGUCUUUUUUCUAAAAGUCUCUUUAGUCUAAAUUUCCUGUUCAAGUAGGCACAGCACAAAAGGUGAGUCCAAAAUGAUUUUUGGGCCUGCUGCAUAAAGAUGUAAUACCCGGGGGUUUAUGUAUACCCGUAGCUAAGAAAGAAAUAAAAGGUAGUGAAAAAAAAAUAAAAAGUAUGCCUCACUAACUGUAAGUCGUUGGAUAAGGCGUCUGCAAAAUGCAAAAAGAAAAAUGUAAAUGUAAAAGCCUAAUUAUGAAAAACAUCUAAUCAAAAAAGGCUUUUUUUCAAUUAACUCUGCAAGUCUUCCAACUAUUGACUUUUUUCACCAGUUUGGUGCCAAAACAUUAACAACAAAGGCAUAUUGACAUGGUAAAAUAAAUAUAUAAAGGAUAUCUAAUGCUGAAACCCUAAUAUUAAACACCAAUGGUAUUCACUAAGUUGAUGGUUUAUGUUUAAGAUAAUGUUUUACAGCUUUGUCAUUUAUUUUGUACUUUAAAAUAUUUUGUAAUAUUUUGUGUAUUUUACAUGUGAUAAGGCCAUGCAGAGGGCCAGAGAUAAUUACAGACACCUUUGAAAAUGUGAAGUACCCAAAAGAGCCACUAGAUGUCUUGUGAUAAAUUACAUACAAUCUUUGAAACUUCUAAAGUUUCCAGUAAUAUACCCUCCCCAUUGCAACCCUAGUCACAGGGAAACUUGCCAAGCAGCUUUUAUAGUGGAGGCUGCACUUUUUAUUGAGUGACAAGUAUCUUUCUGCUGGAGUAAUGACAAGAGUAUUUGGCAGGGAUACAGCCAGGGUAGUUUGGCUGGGUGUUUGUCUGUCUAUACUGUACCAGUGUUUCAGUGUCAGAAUUGUGUCAGUGGCUAUGUUGAACAUGACUUGUAUAUAAUUAAGGGCUUAUUCUUCCUCUUCAACAGCAGACCCACCAAGGGAGGCCUAGACACUGAGAGAUGCCAAUGGACACACACACACCAGCAACUGACAAGAGGAGAAAUACCAAGCAUGGAUGACUAUGGGAGCCCCACUCUAAAGCAAUGGAGACCAAGCAAAAACACACACAUGCGCACGUGCACACACACACACACACACACACACACACACUAUCACACACACUUCCCGCAGUCGACUCCCCCUGCCUGUCAAGUGUGUGUUAUCUGUUGAUUUUCAAAAGUACCAACAAUGACUCACUGGAAAACUCACACAGAUUAUUUCUGAAGCACCACAUACCCAAAUAGUGGGAAUGAGAAAAGGGCCUUAUUGAGGCGAGACACUUCAGGCCGUGUGUACGUGGCCUCUCCCAUUCAGCGUGUUCAGAGAGAGAAUGAGACACUACCACAACAAUGAGGACUUGAGAUGUUUGCAUGAAUGUCUUUGUGUGUUGCUCUUUGUGACUAGAAUGAACAGUAAAAAGGAAAGAUAAAGAGAGCCCUUGCUGGACGGAUUCCAGUUGAUUGAAUGGACUUGGCCCCUGGGAACUACUGUGUGAGAAUUCUGAAGGAAAAAACCCCUCUGUGACUUGCUUUAUUUAAUAUUUCCAUGGAAGUAUUUAUGUGGUGCCUUUCUGUUUACAGAUGCUUCUCUUGACACCGCUCAAUUAACGGGAUUCGACUCGGCGCCUCGACUUCGGAAGCAAUGCUCAACUAACUAUGAAGGAGACCCCACAAAUGGAUGGGCCGCUUAUUAAUUAAGAGCUUUUAUGCGACUUAAAUGACUCGGAAAAUAAUAACGCCCAUGCGUGGAAGAGGUCAGCACAGAGAAGCUGCUGAGCUGCCACGUUUCCCCUGACUAAGCAAAGCAAAACAAUUUGCUCGGGGACUACGAUGCUCUUUUGUGUGGGGGAUUGGCACAUUAAAAGUUAUCUCUUUUGGAAGGAAUCUUAGUUUUCUUUGGAACAAAAUGUGUAUUUAAUAUUUUUAUUUUUCUGUUACGUGGUAAAUAUGUUGGACUGCCAUUGAUAUGUUUCUUUGUGACUCAGGGAGGCUGUUUUAUACUAAAAUGUAUGUUUCAUGUGAAUACAGAAUAGAGUGUAAAUAAGGGGUCUCGAUUGAACAUUAAAAAAAAUUCAGGACCAUAUGUUUUAUUGAUGAUAAUAAAGUAUUUAGAUUGCCCCACGUGGUGUCUUGUGAAUGUCUAUCAUUGGGAGGAGAUUAUUUACAUUAUAUGACAUUCAUUUUGAUAUAAUGUUGCCUACCUACUGGUAUAAUCUUAACUGACUUUGAAAUAAUCUUGGCCUCCAGCCAUUCUGAUCAUCUUCAGCUGUUACAAAUAUUCCCAGAAUAUUGUAUUUAUUAAACAGUUUUUAAGUUGAAGAAUCUGCACUGUAAAAAUGUCUUCUUAAUUUACAGCAUUAUACUGACACCAGAGUUGCCAGAUGAAAACUGUAAUUUUGCUUUACAGCAGAGAUGCUGUAAUAUAUUUUACAGUACUAUUUUCCUUACUGUAAAACAUUUUACAGCAUUCCUGCAGUAAAUUUGGGCACAUGAUUCGAUGGCAGAAUUUAUUGGAAGAGUCAUGGUUGAUAGAGUGAAUAAGCCUACUGAAUCUCAAGCCAUAUCUUGGAGCAAUAGCAAUAAGGAAGAUAUGUUGACCUCUUCAUUCAGGACUAAGAAUAGGAGAAAGUCCUUCAGAGAAAUGAGUGGCUGUGUUGAACUUUUGAAUCCUGUUUUGUAUGUGCUGACACUCGGUGAGUAAGAAAUGUUGAAUUUAAUAAUAUACUGUUAUUUUUUGCUGAGUAUGCGGAUUCCCUUAGGGAGUUGUUGAUUUUCCACAUUAGUGAAAUGUAUGUCUGUUUCCUCAGCUUGAUAUGGCGGAAUUAGGAGUUUCUGGCUUGCUGCUCUAUCAGUCCCUCAGCACAGCUCCCACUUGUGAGUAUGUCAAAUACAGCCCUGCUCCACAACUGCUAAGGUAGAAGGACUUUGUACUGUUGAGUAAUGGUAGAAAACAUAUCAUAGUUAUCCUCCAAAGCUAAAUGACUGUCUGUUAUUCCCAAAUGAUGGGAAUAUGUCACGUAGGAAGACUACAUUGCCUACUGUAUAUAAUUUGCAUGUACAUUUAAUGUGGUUGUUUUACUCUCCUUCCAUGAUUUACUGUGUUUGCUGCAGCAAAUUUUAAUUGUUUAUGUUUCCCAUUAGAGCAAUACAUUAGCGUACGAAACAACAAGGUAACAGGAGUGUAUGUGCAAAAUCUGCAUUUUUGUUGUGAUUAAAUUCCACAAUGGUGUGUAUGUGUCUCCCCUUUAUCACACAGUGGCUCCACCCAGCCCUCCUGACUCAGACAUGCCAGUGCUGCUCAUCGUGUGUGUAACCCUUGCUGUGGUUUUGGUGGUGGUUUUUCUGGGGAUCUACUAUGGCUUCCAACGCCACAGGUAAUAUAAACCCUAGAGGGUGUCACACACAGGACAGUCAAUGGACCUAUUCAAAUACCCUUAAAAUGUAUUCUUCCUUCUUUCCAUGAGGAAAUCACUGAUCUGACACAUUGAUUAAAGCAAUGGGGAACACAUGUUUUCACCUAUCCACUCUUGUACUGAUCAGUGAUUACCUCAAGGAAGGGAGUAAAGAAAGAAAGUAUUUUAGAGGUAUUCGAACAGGGCCAUUCACUCACUGCACAGAUAUAACCCACAUGGUGGUAAGUCUCCUCUUCUUUCCAAUCAGUGCUAAGAAAAACAUGAUUGACGCCACCAGGAGACAUGGGUCCAUGAGGAUGAGUCCCGAAGUAAGGCUUAAAUCGUUCUCAUUUUGAACACCUAUCUAUUACGUUUUCUUUUCUAUUUCAAUUCCAUUUUAAUGCAUGUCUCUCUUUGCAGGGACUGGUUGGAACAUAGGCGUGUUUGUCUGCACAGGAUGUGCCUCUGCAUGCAAAUGUAUUGGUUGAAGCCCAGUAGCAACAUGAGUUGUGUUCCCAAUGGCAUCCUAUUCCCUAUAUAGUGCAAUCAUUUUGACCAGAGCCCUAUGGGUCCUGGUCACAAUUAGUGUACUUUAAAGGGAAUAGGGUGCCAUUUGGAAGGCAACCAUAACUUCAACAAUAUCUGCAGUUAAGUAUCAAAUCAGUCUGUCUGCAAUAAACAUUUUGAGCAGCAAAAUCAGACAGGAGUUUUUAUGUAUUGUAACUCCAUUGUAACUCCACUAGGGGGAGCCAAACGUGCAAGAGAGUCACUUUAAGGGCCUCAUCGAUUAGAACCAUUUCCUUUGCCUCUAAGGUAUUUUCCAUUAGAUAGGAUUUUAAAGCACUGCUUGUUCAAUACCACAAAAUUAAAACAAAAGACUUGAGCCAUAGGCAAGGAAACCCUUGGCUACAAUUCAAUAAAUACACUGAAAACAGAUAACUGUGGUGAAUAGCAACAAGGAAAUCCACAGUCAUGUUUAGCUCGUCUAAAAAUGAUCACAGUCAGAUAUUGAUUUAAACCACAACAGAGAAAACAGAAACCCCAGAGAGUGCAUGCUAGGCCUAUUUGCUGGCUACAGAGAACGUCAACAAUUCUAAAACUGCCAUUGGUUAUUUUUAUAAUGCCAGACAUACCGUAGCAGAAGAGCAUCCACUGAAAUAUGAAUAUGAAUGAAGUCAACAGUCUUGUGUUUUUAAUAGACGCUUUCCUGCUGUAUUCUUGUUGAUUUGUAAAAAAUCAACAAAUCCAUUUGUGAUCAUACUGUACCACCAGCAUAGAAAUACAGUACUGGUUGAGGUUUUUAGUUCUGGUCAUCGUCUUAUCUUAAAGUGUCCAUCAGCAAUCAAAACAAUAAAGCAUUUUCCCCACCCCUGUUCUGGCAAAAAGCUGAGGGAUGGGGCUGGAGAAAUGUAACCACUCUCAAAUUCAUAACAUAGCUAUGGAUGCAAGGACUGACCAUCCACGAUGUAAAAAUUCUAGUUCUAACCAUGUUUUGAGGCUAUAUAGUGUUUGUUUACAUUUACUUUGUUUACAAACAUUGGAGUAAAACAAGCUUAUUUUUGGGGUUCUGAUGGUACGAUAGUUGAAGCUCAUGAGGCAUUUACAAGUUAUAUUCUUCAAGCAUCAAUGGGUACAUAUCAUUAAUUCAAAAGUCAAAAAAUGGAUGUAGCAACUCCAGAUUGCCCCUUUAAAGGCACACACAUAGUCCCCUGUAGCUCAGUUGGUAGAGCAUGGCGCUUGCAACGCCAGGGUUGUGGGUUUGUUUCCCACGGGGGGCCAGUAUGAAAAUGUAUGCAUUCACUAACUGUAAGUCGCUCUGGAUAAGAGCGUCUGCUAAAUGACUAAAAUGUGAAAAAAAUGUAAAGGAAAUAUAUUUAUAUUUAUUCUAUUUAUGUAUUACCAUUGUGCAUUAAUUUAUUACCAGGGAGUGGUUAGGCAGAGGCCUAUCAGCUGUUAUGAGGGCAUAAGAAAAAACACAUCUUAAACAAUCCAUUGUACUGCUACUGUAACAUCCUAUUGGCUCAGAAGUACUCUACCCAUAUAAAUAAAAUGUAUAUUUCUAUGGCUCUACCACAGUAAGGCCUUGGGAGGCAUGAAAAGGAAUUCAACCAUUGUUCAACCAUGUUGUCUUAGAGUUGACGGUAAUGCUCCUCAGUUUGUUAAGGGCCUCUAAACAGCAGAAUGACAAUUAUGAAAAUGACAAUAUCAAGAAUUGAGACAUAUAACAUAUCUUAGGACCCAUACUGUCAUGCCCUGGCUCUGGGGACUCUUAAAUGUUGAGCCAGGGUGUGGAUUUUCCUAUGUUUAGUUGUUCCAUGUUUUCAGUCUAGAUCGUUUAGAUCUAUGUUGGCCAGGGUGGUUCCCAAUCAGAGGCAGCUGUAGCUCGUUGUCUCUGAUUGGGAACCAUACUUAGGCAGCCUGUUUUCACUAGUCAUUGUGGGAUCUUGUUCCGUAAGGUUUGUUUUGGUGUUAACCUAGGACUUCACGUAUCGUUUGGUUUGUUGUUUUGUUCGUGUGUGUACUUCAAUAAAUAAAAUGUACGCAUAUCACGCUGCGCCUUGGUCCGCUUCAUCCAGUAACGAUCGUGACACAUACCUAAAUAUCUUAGAAUAUAUCUUAGAAUUGUUUCUGUUAAUAACACAUUAACUUGAGGUCUCUUGAGGGCAAUAGAGUCAUCACAGCUGAAAUCUUUUCACGUCGUGUUUCUGAUUACACAAUCUUAAUUAUAGCAGCCGAUUUUUGAGUAGCCCCAACACUCACAAUCCAUGACUGUAUAUACUGUAUCAAGGUCAGAAUAAACCUGAUCUCAUAAAGCCAAAAGCCUGACGGAUAAUAGCUACAACUCCAAGGUCUUGCAGGAACUCAUUGGAAGCUCGGACAAUGACUCAGUGACAGACACAAGAGUCACAUUGUAUACCCAGAUCUGGUGAGAGAACACAACGCGGCAAUCAAUGCAUGAAUCAGCCGCUGUAGACAAUCAACCACGGUGCAUGGCCGAGCACGAGACGCAAGCCAGUCAGAUCGUACCGUUUUGAUAAACAGCUCUCGACUUGCUCACGCCGCACACGGACCACGCUGAGGUUUCUGGGUAAUUAUGGGGAGAGACAAAGAACAAAGCAUUCGAAUGAUCACAUGGCUUCAUCUAUCAGCUCGCCCGACACACACACACACACACACACACACACACACACACACACACACACACUGUAUCAGCACAAAUGUCAGGGAAGGCGGUGCUCGUCGUGACAGUCCCUGAUUAAAUACCCUCCAAGAUGGCAGCUUUUCAUCUGACACUGUAUGUGUCUACCAUCAUCACCAUGGGGGCCCAGCGCUCCCCUGAUAGCCCCCCAUCUUACCAUCAGUACCACCAGGAUGCUCUAAAUGCCCUGCUAGAUAGAGGACUUCUGUCACUGCUGUGAAAUGCUGUGUCAUUAUGUCAAAAGGAUGACACAUAAAUUAAACCUGUCUUUUCACUAUACAAUUAGUGUUGGAUAGGAGCCUGGAUGGGUGGCACACACAUAAACAUAGGAUGUAUCCCAAAUGACACCAUUUUCCCUAUGUAGUGCGCAACCCUCUGGUCAAAAGUAGUGCACUACAUUGCCGUGAAAAAUUAAUUACCCCCUUUCUGAUUUUCUCUAUUUUUGCAUAUUUUGAUACUGAAUAUUAUCAGAUCUUCAACCAAAACCUAACAUUAGAUAAAGGGCUCCUUCUAUAUAUUAUUAAGGCAAGUUGUCCAGGUCCUGAGGCAGCAAAGCAUCCCAAAACCAUCACACUAGCACCACCAUGCUUGACCGUUGGUAUGAGGUUCUUACAAUGAAAUGCAGUGUUUGGUAUUCGCUAGACAAAAUGGGACCCUUCUCGUCCAAAAAGUUGACUCAAGUUUGCUAAAAAAGCACCUGGAAGCACCUGGAUGAUCAUCAAGACUCUUGGAAGAAUGUUCUAUGGACAGAUGAGUCAAAAACCUUUUGGACGACAUGGGUCCCUUAUACCAAUAGUCAAGCAUCGUGGUGCUAGUGUGAUGGUUUGGGGAUGCUUUGCUUUAAUAGAAGGAACAAUGAAUUCUGCUCUGUAUCAGAUAAUUCUACAGGAGAAUGUCAGACCAUCCGUCUGUGAGCUGAAGCUGGCAAUGAAAAUGGCUAAGAAGUAACAAUGGCCUAGACAAAGUCCAGACCUAAUCCCAAUUGAGAUGUUGUGGCAGGACUUGAAACGAGCAGUGAGGGGGCAAUUACUUUUUCACACAGGGGAAUUGGGUGUUGCAUAACUUUGUUAAUUAUUUGUAAACUCAGGUUCCCUUGAUCUAAUAUUAGGUUUUGAUUGAAGAUCUGAUCAUCAAUAUAAAACAAUUCAAAAAUAGAGAAAAUCGGAAAGAGCCUGAACACUUUUUCACGGCCCUGUAAAUGUACUGUACGGACUAGGGUGCCAUUUGGGACUCGCACUUAGUAUAGUUUGAUGCACCGUAAACAAAUAGUUCCUCACUGCCCCUGGACUAUGAAUUCCUCUUCUCUGGGCUCUAUCUUGAUUUGUGCAAUAUGAAACCUGCUUUGAACAGAGAAAUAUGUGCGUGUGCCUGUUUGUGUGUUUGUGUGUGCGUGCGUAUUAAGAAACAAAUGUAUUUAUAAAAUAUUUAUGCAUUUAUUUAUUAAAUGAAUCUAAGGAGCAGAUCAGCAGAGAAACUGAUACUGAAUAGCAGAGACGGUCUGGCCUGGCCAUAUUGCAGUUCUUGCAAAUGCCAGAUGGGCUGGUCCAUCUUUAGCCCAGCGGGCCCGUCUAAUUGUUUUAGAUUUUUUGGGCCGAAUGAACAUUAUUUGGCUUAUAAUGGGGACAUCAAGGAAAUUAAUGGGCCUUAUACUUUUUUUUGCUGACAUGAUUAGCUUGGUUGAAAAACGCAUAGUGAUGCCGAAACGUUGGUGGUUUUCUUACCCAAUAAAUUACUGGGAGUUUAUACAUAGAGUGUGCAACUCUCUUUAUUUGUUUUUAUGGUUAGCUUGGUUACCAUGGUCACCUUGGUUACCAUGGAAAAUGGUGUGUAAGCAUGUUGCAGUAGAUGUACCAAGAAAUAGAGUUGAAACAGUUUCCUUGAAGAGACUUUGACCCACUUGUUUGUCCAUCAUACCUCAAAUCUGAUGCAAAUACAACCAUUCAUGAAAUGUAUAGAUCAUUGUGUGGUUGCUUUGCUCUAUAAAUGGGAACUAACAUCUUAGGGUUGUAACCACAAUUCAAGUUUCUCAUAAACAGUUCGUUUUUUGUUUGUAGUAACUGGGAAAUUACUAGGGAUAAUACAUUGUGAUUUACAGUAUCCAGUAAACUAUUCAAUCCUUAAUGUCUUCAUACAGUUUGAGUCAGCACUCUACACAUGAACUCCUUGCUCAAGCAACAAACAGAAAUGUAAUUUUAUUCUACACUGCAGGAUUUCCCCAAAAUUAGACUGAACUACUCCAUAUGUUGAGUUGACAUUGUACUCAACAUUGUAUUCAAAUAGCACAUAGUUUUAGCCAUUUUGUUGUACAGGGAUGUUUGAAUCUUUAUUCUGAAGAGUCAAAAAAGUAUGUAAAAACUUUGCAAAAACAACAAUAUAAUAAACUCAAUGGCAUGAACUGUGAUUUCACAUGAUCUGUGUGAGUUCUUAUAUGAAAACAUUGAAUAUUUUCCAAUAGUCAGAUAGGCUAUGUUGAAAUUAAUUAGAGGGGACAUUAAGUCAGAGAGCUUGAUAUUUCCCAUAUGUAAUUAACAUUCUCCACAUGCCGAAUGAUCCAUGUAAAAGGUUGGGUGAGAGGUUUUUUGUAUUUUUUGGGUUAUUCGUGUAUUCAACUAUCUAUCCAUAACCCUAAUACUAACCCCAAUUUUAAACCUUACCAUGACCACACACCUAACCCAUAACCCUAUUCUCAGCUUCCAUGCCUCAAAUCCGAACUCUAACCCUAAACCCGAACUGUAAUCUGAGUAAGCUGUUGCAUAUCAUAAUGCAGUUGAGAGUUUUUUGAUAGUUCCAAAUAAAGUGUGACCCAAAUGGAGAGUCCCGUCCCACCCCAAAAAAAGGAACAUGUGCAUCUUCUUCCCUGUUUAGUAUGAGCUAUAGUAGGUCACCUCAAGUAUGCCAAUUUGAGACAUUAUCAUUAACAGCACCGUUUAUUUGGAGCCAAGCUUACUCACCAUUUGACCAUUUGACCAGGAAACGUGCGUGUGUGUCUGUGUGUGUUUUCUGACUAAGGUAUGUACAGUGGAACUCUUUUGACAUCAUGCUUCUUGUGCUAUUAUCAGGAGCUUUUAUGUAAAUGUUGGCAAAGUAGAUAGACAAUGCUUUUAUAUAUUUCACAAGGAAGACAUACUAAAACACAAAAUACCUGUAAGCCUUUUGAAAUCUGUUAGACCUAAGGUAAAAAUGAAAUACUUACCAUGUAACUGGAACAUAAAUAUUUGAACAUAUUUGGUCAAACAAUUUGUCAAGGCAUGUGUUCCAAGCCUAGUGCACUCAUACAGUACUGAUUUCUGUUGAGAAGAUGGUACUUUUUACGACCUAUUUAAUUGUCAGUUAAGAGUAACAUUUUUGAUUUAGGAAUAUGUAAAAUAUAAAAAUUGGGUGAGUAAUCAACCUUUUCACAUAUCCAUUUGAGUAAUGAGAUGGUACAGGUAUGUUCUGUUCUGUGUCUGUACUACACUCUGUCUAAAUUGUCAUGGUUACUGCAAACUCUUAGAGGCUUUUUUUGUCCUUUGGGAAUGAGUGUGUGAUGUUCCAGUCUAAUGGUUGCUAUCCAAAUGGGCAUCUCUGUCUCGCCAAUCACCCUCCGUAAAAUUUUGUAAUUUGAGUAAAAUCUCUAUUGCUAUUGUACCUCUGUAAUGAUGGGCUGUAUUUAAAGUGUUGGGUUCUGUCAAGGUGAGCAUUGUUUAUCAUCAGUGACCAGGUGAAACUCUCUCUGUUCCAACCCUGCGCUAACACACCUUAUUCAACUAAUCAAGGUCUUGGUGAGUAGUUGAUUUGUUGAAAACAAUGUGUUAGGGCUGUGCUGGUGGAGAAAAGCCUGUAGACACAGUAGUUCCCCAAAACCAGGGUUGGUGACCACUGAACUAGCACACUCCACCAAAUCUCACUCUGUACAAUACACCAAGUGUCAUUUUACAUUUCUUAUACUAUCUUAUUAAAGAAAUAAGCUGUCAAAUGAAUGAGAAAUCUCAUGGAACCUCAAACAUUUACCCUCACAUGAACAGCCACAUGUCCAGUGCAUGGUGGUUUCUCAUAACGACCUACCUCCCAGACCAAAAUGCAUCCGCUAGACAGCUGUUUUAUCAGUUGAGGGCUUACAACACCUUGACGACUCCUCGGCAACACCAGAUAAACAAAUAAAAGCCGGCUACCUCCUUCCUGCAGGUGUAUGUCUUGGCACCAUUCCCAAGAUAACUGAGAUGUGUUUUGAACAUCUGAAGCCAUGAUUCUUCUCGUGUUUAUUGUCAUUUAGAUACCAUAUACCCUUCAGGAGAACUUGGGCUUCUGUAAACAAUUGAAGUUCACAUGACCCCGUUUUUAAUAAUUAUACCCUUCCUCCAAGGGGUGUGUUUUAGCACAAAUUGAUUGCAAAAGUAUUGUUGAGUCAGUGUUGGGAAAGAAAAUGAGAAGUAGACGACCGUGUUCAUGUUCGUGUUAAUCAGUCUUUCCCAAGGUUGGUUAGAAAAAUAAGAUCCAGUUCUCACAAGUCAUUAUUUACCUUGGUUACAUUCUUCCCCAUGUAAUUGACAAUGACAUAAUAUUACCAUACUGACAUGCACUUGUCAUCAAAUCGUUGAAUUGGAGUGAGCAGGGAAGUAUGGAAAACCAGAAAAUCUGUUUAGCUUCUUCUGAAUUCCUAUUCUGUUCACAAUCUUAAUAAUAAUAAUAAUAAUAAUAUGCCAUUUAGCAGACGCUUUUAUCCAAAGCGACUUACAGUCAUGCGUGCAUACAUUUUUUUUGUGUAUGGGUGGUCCCGGGGAUCGAACCCACUACCUUAGCGUUACAAGCGCCGUGCUCUACCAGCUGAGCUACAGAGGACCACGAUGGCCCAGUGCAGAGGUCAUCCUUAAUAACACUGCUAGCCCCAAAAUAUGUGACUAUCACUUCAACAGAUACUUUGUGGAAGUGUCAUUGGGAACCAAAUAACCCCUCGCUCUGUAGAAAUUAAAGUCACUCUUCAAAUACCGUCCUUUUGGCUUACCAGCCACUGAACACUUGUGUCAUGAUGGGAGUAUUAUGUUGUUAGUUUGCUCCACCAUGAAUAGAAGGAAGCUUAGGGGUUCAUGCGUGCGCUGGGUAUUAACACUGGGAUUAGCUGAGAGGCAUCUGGGAUACUCAAGGCUGUGAAGCACAAACAGACCGCUCCCUUUAUUGUUGUGAUGGGUACCUCGUUUGCCACAAUUAACGGCUUCACUCCAAUGCACUGUGCCUACAGAGGCAAGGUCUUGCUAGUUUGGAAAGGGGGCAGGGUUUGCCAACAAGUCCCCUGCUUGAGGACCAUAACGAUGUUGACGUUUGCUCUGUAUACCUCCAUUUGUCUACUGUAGAGAGUCCAACCAUAGACUCAAAGAAACUCUUGUUUUACAGAAUUACAUGGCUUUGUUAACCAAUUGCAUCACACCCAUUGUAGCCAUCCUUGUGACUGAAUUCAACCUUUGUGUGAAAUUCUGUAUACAAACUAGUGACACUGACUCAGUUUUCUUUAAUUGCUUCACACCUUUACUGACUAACUAUGCUAACGCAAACAUUAGCUCAUUGUCUGUAUCCUUCCUCUUUUGCAGAAUUCUGUCUAAGAAGGAAGUCAUGGAAACAUAUGGCCACAGCAUCCUGGUGCUAGUGUUCUACAUCAUCACCUUCCUGAUUGGACUCCCUGCCAAUGUUGUGGCUUUCUACACCUUCAGCAAGAAGGUGAGGCAGAAAGCCAUGCCCAUCAACAUCCUGCUCCUCAACCUGACCAUCUCGGACCUCCUCUUCCUGCUCUUCCUGCCCUUCAAGAUCAAAGAGGCGGCGGACUACAUGAAAUGGAACAUGCCCCACUUCCUGUGUCCAUUGACCAGCUUCGUCUUCUACACAACCAUUUACAACAGCACCUUCUUUCUGACCGCCAUCAGCGUCGAACGCUACCUGGGGGUGGCCUUUCCCAUCAAGUACAAACUCAAAAGACGGCCUUUGUACGCCACGGUGGCUAGCGUCUUCUUCUGGGCGAUCUCCAUGGCGCACGUCAGUAUCGUCUACAUCAUUCAAUAUUUAGACCAUCCCAAUGCCACCCGGACAGACCCUUCGGAACUGGACGUGUGUUACGAGAAUUUCACCCAGGAGCAGCUGCAGGUCCUGAUACCUAUCCGUCUGGAGCUCUUUCUGGUUCUAUUCUGUGUACCUUUCUUCAUCUGCUGCUUCUGCUACAUCAACUUCAUCCGGAUCCUCUCUCAGCUGCCCAGCAUCAACCCCAAGAAACGUCUGCGGGCCAUCGGCCUGUCUCUGGGGACACUGCUGGUGUUCAUUGUCUGCUUCGCGCCCUAUAACCUGUCACACAUAGUGGGCUUCGUCAACUGGAAGAGUCCCGAUUGGCGGGUGGACGCGCUCUUGUCCAGUACCGUCAACGCCAGCCUGGACCCCAUCAUCUUCUACUUCUCCUCGUCGGCCCUCAGGGGUACCUUACACCUCUUCCUGAAGAGCCUGGUGGAGAGGGUGCAGGGGUUGUGCUGCUGCCGUAAGGCUCUCUACUGCCCCCUGUUGGUCUGCUCCAGAACUCAGAAGGAGAGCAAACCAAGCACCAAUGACAGCUUCUUAUAGAGCUCCUUAAACUCAUUCCACAGAGGACCAAGUGUCUGUGGGUUGUCACUCCUUUCUUGUACUUGAUUGAUGAAUUAAGGUCACUAAUUAGUAAAGAAAUCCCCUCACCUGGUUGUCUAUGUCUUAAAAACCAAAGACCUGCAGACACUAGGCCCUCCAUGAAAUUAGUUUGACACCCCUGUUAUAGUGUGUUGUCAAGCCAUAUGCUACAAAUGCUACAUGCUAGCUACAUAAGUUAGCUAAAUGCUAGCCUGUUCAAUGUAUUUAUUGCACUUAGGUUCUUAUGGAAAAGACUGAGGAAUAUGGGUUUCUUUUCCUAGCUUUAAAGGAUAAACAUUCACAUAAAACACCAUGGGCCAGAAAAGGUUAAAUACAUUGGCCAUGCUGUCAUUCUGCCGUGUUCAAAACAACUGGAAACUCGGAAGUGGGACAUUUCAGACUUCAGUGAGUUCAAGACAACUGGGAACUGAGAAAAAAAACGAGCUCCCAUUGGGAAAAUACGUUUUGAACGGUCAUCCAACUCGGAAUUCCAAGUCGGGAACUCUGGCCUCUUUCUAGAGGUCCGACCUGAAAAUCACUGAUCUCAUGAUUUGACCUUGUUUUGGUGUCUUGAAAGCACCAUAAAUCCAGAGAAUGACUUUGAUGACAAGGUUUGAUGACAAAAUCUGCCCACAAGAAGGACCGCCGCACCACCUUCCUGUUCAAGUGAACAAGCACAACAAGGUGAGUUCAACAAUGUUUUGUAUUCUGCUGCAUAAAUGAUGUAAUAUGCCUGGGAGAUAUGUAUACUGUAGCUAAGAAAGUAAUACUGUGUAUGUUGUGUAGUAAGCUGUUAGUAGCCCAUGUGCCUCACCGUAAUAAUUUGGUGCCUUUCCCCCUCACAACUGUUCUGACUUGGUGGUGCACAUGUAGCCUAUAGCCUGUUUUAAAGAAAUGUAAUCAUCAAAUAUUGUAAGAGAUUUCAUUGUCUGCUUAUAUGCCCCCUUUAUUUAUCCUACGGUUUUGACUUACUGUGCAGGGAGAAUACUGUAAGAACGGCCCAUGUUCUGAAUUCUGUCGCUGUACAUUUCAAAAGUGCUGAACAAAUAGUUAUAUUGACUACGUCCGUCCUAGCUCGCUCAUUAAUGUCUUAAUCAAAAUUACGGAUUGCCUCUUAUCCGCUAAUCGUUCCCUUAUGCCAUAGUUUGUACAUCUCAAUUUUCAGUAGAAACCACAUUUGUUUAAGCAAGUCAGCCAUAUUAGCUAUGUUUUUUAAAAAGGCAGUAAAUGAGGCUGAAUGAACUGUUUCACUUCCAGCAAGUCUCCGCUGAAAGCCAGGUGUAGCAGUGGUAAGGAUUCACUCCGUGGUGCUAUAAAGAAAGCUCUGCUGUUGUUACAGCUUUAUGUAGGUCCUAACAGUUUGUGGACACCGUUUGACACCGUUAUAGUACAAUUAAUGUAUUGUUUAGUGUUGUGUUGUGUAGUGGCUUUGCUGGCAUGCAUCUAAAAAAUACAUUUCUGAGUUUGCCCCACCAAGAUUUACAUACAAAAUCGCAACUGGGAAGGACGCCUGUAUCUUUCUAGUGACUGGGUGUAUUGAUACACCAUCCAAAGUAUAAUUAAUAACUUAAUCAUGCUUAAAGGGAUAUUCAAUGUCUGCUUUUCUUUUUACCAAUCUACCAAUAGGUGCCCUUCUCUGCUAGGCAUUGGAAAACCUCCCUGGUCUUUGUGGUUGAAUCUGUGUUUGAAAUUCACUAUUCGACUGUGGGACCUUACAAAUAAUUGUAUGUGUGGGGUGCAGAGAUCAGGUAGUCAUUCAAAAAUCAUGUUAAACACAGAAUGAGUUCAUGCAACUUAUGUGACUUGUUAUGCAAAUUUUACUCCUGCAUUUAUUUAGGCGUUGAAUAAUUAUUGACUCAAGACAUUUCAGCUUUUCAUUUUUAAUUAAUUAAUUUGUAAACUUUUCUAAAAACAUAAUUCCCAUUUGACAUUAUGGGAUAUUGUGUGUAGGCCAGUGACACAAUAUUUCAAUUCAAUCCAUUUUUUAUUCAGUCUGUAACACAACAAAAUGUGGAAAAGGUCAAGGGGUGUGAAUACUUUCUGACGGCAGUGUACUGUAUUGUGCACUUUGCUCUGAUGUCUUUGAGAAGUGAAAAAAACUCUGAGAAGUAAUCUUCUAGCUAAAUCAGAAUCAAUGAUUGCAGUAAAUUCUAAAGAGGCAGGUCAAAAGGUCAGCAUACAAUCCACAAUUGACUCACUGUUUGAAAACAAUAAGCCCUAUAAUGUGAAGUGUUUAAAAUAAUCUGCUCACUUGAAUAGUGUCUCGCACCAAUUAACAUAACAUAAUCUCACUUCAAAAGGUUCACUUUUGGUGUACUUUAUAAGAGUCUACAAAUAGGAAGGAGGAGAAAAGCUUUAAUUUCAAUUGUCAAUGUUUUUUUCAUGAUGCUCUUCUUUAGUUUAGGACCAAACCUGGGUUGAAACCAGUUGCUCCCACCUGUGUGCUUACUAUACAUUAUCUACAAAUGACUUUUGAUAUUGAGCACCUUUCCUCUAUUGGCAACCUGAUUGGGUACUUUUCCUGUAUUUGCAACCAGAUCCGGUAACAACAUCAUUCACCUUCCAUAAUAAUGAUACAAGUGUCUUUUUGUGUCUGCCUUUUUGUUAAGAAAUGUCCCACCACCAAUAAUACUGACAAAUACAAUGAACAAGUAGGAUAACUAAAUAAAUAUUUGGAUCAUAUUUGUCAGUAUGACUGGGUAUUAUUCUGUUGCGGGAUUUUCCACUGUGGUUAGCCUACAGAAUGAAAGAAUGAACUCACACCACCACAGUCAAUGUUUAGUUAAUCAUACUGGUGUAUGUAUGGUAGCAAGGGAGGAGCUGCUGUAGGAUGCUUAUAAUGGACGUGAGUCACUUUUCUCUCUCAUGCACUGUUUUCUCCCUCCUCCUCUCUUUCUCUCUUAAUCAAGAGGCCGUCACAGUCAAGGCCAGAUAACAGUCUACAUCUAUUAACCAACAGAGCAGACAAGCCGGUUCCUCAAAGCCCUUAGCCCUAAGACCGUCCAGCUUCUAUCGCAGGACAGUGUUACUACGGAAACCAUGUUUGGAGAGUGUUGGAGAUAGAUAGCAGCGGUUUCUAUCUAAUUAUCAUUUUCCGUUAACUGUGCUGGAUGUUUAGAUUAUGCUGUAAACAGAGUGGCUGGCUGUAGUCAAUAUGAGGUCAGAGCUACAGAGGGAAGAAUACAGUUAAGAAUAUACAUACUCAGUUGUUGGACCUUACAGGAUAUCCACGGUGGAAUGAGGUAAGAUUUUUUUCUCUAUUUAUAUUUUGCUACUUCAAAAAGGUUGUUUACUCUACAAUAAAUUCAAGUCAAGUUCGUUUUUUCGUCAUAUACACAUGAUAUACUGUAGGCCUACAUGGAGUACACAGUGCAAUUAAAUGCUUACUUGCAUGUUCACCUCUCGACAAUGCAACAACAAUAGAAAAAAAGAAGUAAGUGAAUACAAAGAGUAGUAAAAUAAAAACUCAAUGAAGUAAAAAUAGAAUAGUAAUUUAGGAAAAAUAUAAUACAGAAGGUACUCAUGAAUUGAAGUCGGAUAUUUACACAUGUACAGGACUGGGUAAUUGUGCAAUAGAUAAGAAAUGUCAAUAAUAAAUAGACAUUGUGCAGUAAUAAUAAAUAGUAUUCCAGUAGCAGCAGUCAUGGAGUGUGUGUGUGUUUGAGUGUGUGUGUGUGCGCGUGUGCGUAGCCGUGGGAAGUAGUUUAGGAAUAGGGGUGCUGAGAUUUCUUUCGUUAUUUUUUUUAUUCCGAUUUUUCAGGGGGUGCUGCAGCACCCUCAGCACGCCUACUUCCCACGGGUAUGUAUGUGUUUGAGUUUGAGCUUAUGUAUAAGCAUGUGUGGUAAGGUGCAGAGAGUCAGUGCAAGAGACUGUUUGUGUUCCAGCGGUCAGUCCCGGUCACAGUAGAAUGAAAUACUGUAGCUAUCUAUGGUAGAAAAAGUACAAAACCAUGUAAAGAGUUGGCAAAGAGAUCAGUGAGUUAUUUGACUUGCUGGCAAUCCUUCACUGUCAUCAUGUCUGCCAGUAAAAGUGUGAGUGAGGAAUUUCCCAUACGUACAGUAUAUUAGUCAGUCAUUGGUCAAUACAAGGAAGUAAUGUUCGUUUAACUUUCUCCUACGGUCAUGCCUUACCUACCUACCUUAUUAUACUGACUUUGAUUUGAUGCUGGAAGUACAUGGAGGGUAAAAUAAUAAGAUAUCUUAGUAUUAGUUUUUCUUAGCUCAGUUCAGUGCGGACACACUAUGAUAACUCUCUUGAAUGCUUGACCUGAGUAGUGACAGCCUCAUGGUAAGGACUACUCAGUCCCUGGUUGUGGUAGAAUGAGUUAAAGCUUUUUCUUAAUUGUGAGGUGUUGUGUUUAUGACUUCCCUUUGAUGAUGUCAGAGAUUGUUUAAUCCAUUGUUGACCUAUUGGAGAUGUUUAAGAACAGGAAAUUAAAAGACUGUUGUACUAACUAGAAUAAUGAAUGGUAGCAGCUAGGACCACGCAUUACCCGUUUGUGGACAUAAGCGCCAAUAUCUUUACAAGCUGUCCCGUGUUUGUGUGUAUAAGAAGAACAGGUGUCCAUCCAAUGAUAAGACAAUAUUAUAAAGACGACACAAGAAGCAAUAAUGUAGUGUUGAGACAGUUUGUAUACAGAACCAUGUGCCAGACACACACAUCCUGAGUCAUCACAUUAAACAAAACCCAGAUGCUCAUAAAAUCAAAAGGUAUACAGUCAGUUGCCAACAGACACUGACCAUAUUGCCUUUCCGAGUGUUUGGUUUUAUUGUAGUUAUGAACUCUAUUUCAUCUGCUAGUAUUGUAUUGUCAUUAUUGAGCACACAAAUGUUCUGUUUCAAUUACACCCUUCACUUGGCAUACUUAAAAGGGGUAAGUAGUGAGUAACAGAAGGCAGAAACCGUAAUGUGCCGUGUUGUAAUCUCCUUCUAUCCUCUCUUGUCAGCAGACUCUUGGAGUCCUUGAAGAGAUGAUGAGUUGGUUUUAUUGUCUGGGACAGGAAAACCACGCUGUCUAACCGGGUUUGUUCCAGGCUGUUGACCCAAAAAGCAGCCUUCGCCUCUGAAGCCUCAGACUGUCUGACAGAUCAAGCCCCUUGCGCUGCGACGCUUUCAUCCCCCCCCAGACUGCACUGAGAUGAUGUGACAGAUCUUGCUCCCCGUGCCUUCCAGUGACUGUACCCACCGCCGAGGCCACCAUGCAGGAGUGCCACACUGCGUUGUGUCUGUCCGUCUACCUCAUCACCUUUUUGAUGGGCCUCCCGGCCAACGCUGUGGCCUUUUACACCUUCAGCAAGAAGGUGAGGCAGAAAGCCAAGCCCAUCGACAUCCUGCUCCUCAACCUGACCAUCUCGGACCUCCUCUUCCUGCUCUUCCUGCCCUUCAAGAUGCAGGAAGUCACGGACGAUAUGACCUGGAGUCUACCCUACAUCCUCUGUCCUUUAUCUAGCUUCUUCUUCUACAUGACCAUCUACGUCAGCACCUUAUUCCUGACAGCGGUCAGUGUGGAGCGCUACCUGGGCGUGGCCUUCCCCAUCCAGCACACGCUGAAGCGCCGGCCCCUGUAUGCCGUGUUGGCCAGUGUAUUUAUCUGGGCCUUCUCCGUCCUCCACCUGAGCAUCGUCGUCAUCAUGCCCUACUACAACCCACCGCAAGACUCCCUCAGUUCCACAACCAACUCUUCCAACGUCUACGAAUUCGCCAAUGUCUCCAGCACGCCUCUUAGUGACGGUGACAACAUUGUGUCUUCCAGGAAUGUGUGCUAUGAGGACUUCAGCGAGAAGCAACUGGCGAUCCUCCUGCCUGUGCGUCUGGAGCUCUGCCUGGUUCUAUUCUGUGUACCUUUCCUCAUCUGCAGCUUCUGCUACAUCAACUUCAUCCGCAUCCUCUCUGGCCUGCCCCACAUCGGGCGCCGCAGACGCCUCCGUGCUAUCGGCCUGGCUCUGGGGACACUGCUGGUGUUUGCCUUCUGCUUUGGCCCCUACAACGUCUCCCAUAUCGUGGGCUUCAUAACCAGGAAGAACCCCGACUGGAGGGACAUGGCCUUGCUCUGCAGCACCUUCAACGCCUGCAUGGACCCCUUCAUCUUCUACUUCUCCUCCUCGGCCGUCAGAGGGACCCUUGGGUAGUAUGCUGCAGGGGGCCAGAAUCAGGCUGGCCAAGUAUGUGUUCUGUGGCUGUCACAUCCACUGGUCCACUCGGAAGGGAACGAGUGAGCCUCAGAAAGAUAAGGGACCCAAACAAGUGGAGAUGAAUGCUGUCUGA